UUUUUUUUGUUUUUUGUUCUUUUCUUUUAUAUAAAUAUUUAUAUUCAUUUAAUAAUAAUAAACCAAAAAAUAUAGUUUUUUUAAAGAUGAGUGAAUUAGAAAAGGAAACUGUUAAUAAUACUCAAGUUGAGGAACAAAAGAAAACAGAAGUAGCUACCGAACCUACAAAUACUACUACAACUGAUUCAACAGAGAUCGGUGAUGUAGACAAGGAAUUGGAAGCUAUGAAGCAACGUGUUAAAGAUAUGGAAGAUGAAGCAGCCAAGUUACAUGACAUGCAAGUUGAAGUUGAAAAAGCAAUGCAUCCUGAAGAAGAUAAAGAAACUGUUGAUAGUCGUUCAGUUUAUGUUGGCAACGUAGAUUAUGGGGCUUCACCUGAAGAACUUCAAGCACAUUUCCAAUCUUGCGGUACAAUUAAUCGAGUAACUAUUUUAUGUGACAAAUUUACUGGUCAUCCUAAAGGUUAUGCAUAUGUUGAAUUUGCUGAACCUAGUUUUGUAAAUGCAGCCGUUGCUUUAGAUAAUAGUUUAUUCCGUGCACGUUUAAUAAAGGUUAUGCCUAAACGUACCAAUGUUCCAGGCUUCUCUGCUCGUGGCAGAGGUAGAGGACGCGCUGCUUUCCGUGGUAUGCCUUACUAUGGACAUUCUCCAAUGUACGGAUAUCGCGGUAGAGGGUAAGUUAAUUUAAAGUAUAUAUGAAUUUUUGUUUAUUCAUUUAUUUUAUAUAUACAUGUAUAUAGUCGUGGAAGAGGCGGUUUCUAUGCACCUUACUAAAAAAAAUCAUUCGUUUGGUUCGAUUCUCUUGUUUUUUUUUUUUGUUUUUUUUUAUAUAUAUGUAAUAGCUUUUAAAUUUACACCUUUUAUCCCUUAUAAAAAAAGGAAAUAUAUACAUGGAGUUAAAAUAUUAUAAAUAAAAAAAGAAAAAAAAAGAAAAGAGAAUAAGGGAAAAAAGAAAAAAAAAAGAAGA